AUGGACUGCGAUGGGAAGAGACUGCGUGAAAUUCCUAUGGUUCAUGACCCCACCGGAUCGAGGAUUCGGGGCGGUGGUGAGAGGCCAUUAUACGGAAGUCCUGGAAACCGCUCCGUAUACACACCGUACGGUUUGCCUCGGAUCAGCGCUGACGAUGAGCGAUAUCCUCGGACUGGAAGGGUUCAAGCAGCAUCGGACCAGCUCAAGGAAAAGCGCCAGGAGGAGAAUGCAGCUGAGGCGACGUCGAGACGAAUUUAA